UUCUCGCAAGUUGAACUUGCUCAGCAUUACUUCGUCUCGUGUUUACACUGUCGUCAUGGCGCAAUGAGCCCUCAAAUACGCAUUGCGACGCCAUUCGCUUUUCUAUAGGACCGACGCUGGAGAUAGGGUCUGGGUGCGGCCACGAAUUCACUGCAAAAUCCGUGUCAUGGCCAACAAUUCGAUCUCCGCGGCGAUGCGGACAGGCCAUUCCGUACCGCCCGUCACUCCGUCUCACCGCUCAAUCCAUUCCGCUCAACCCCGUCACGCGCUUAGUGGCGUGAAUUCUCGCCGUGACUCCUCAACAGGACACGGGGUCCCGCGUGUCACGCGUAUGGUCUCCUCUGCCAGCUGUCACUUUCCCAUUGGCGAGUCUGCUUUUGGCGGCACUGCGUCGAUAGCACUAGGGAAGCGCCGUGAAGUAGGCUGCUGUUUGCGUUUUAGAGUGCUCCGGUACAACACUGCUCCGAUAUUAAUAAGCUUACCAAACGAUUCGCUCUUCAUCAAGCGACGAGGUUAUUUGUCUGCAGGAGGGCCAGUAAAUAGCAGCAGAGGGCGUAGCCUUACCUGUUCCAUAGCGGCCAAGUUCGACGCUUUUAACGAAGACGAAAAUGCCACAAGCGGGGAUAGUCCAUUAUCGUCAGCUCCAUUACCAUCAUCAUUACAGUCAUCUCCUGAUUGGUCAACAGGUGCCGAUUCGGGUCUAGAUGACGUGUCGCCGGCAUGCCCAGUUCCGGAUUUCACGGCUCUGGGCGGCGAAAUUUGCCUUUUUCGGCCUCAGGAGCAGUCCGGGUACCCGACAGGUGCGGCUUCUGGGCGGCCGCUUUUGGUGUAUCUGCCGGGAAUGGACGGCACUGGGCAGUGCCUGCAGCCUCAGAUCCGAUCGCUCACACGUGCCGGCUUUGACAUCCGCUCCCUCUACAUCCCCACCACUGACCGCUCCACGUGGCGAGAGCUGGUUCGCCGAGUCACCCCACUGAUACAGCAGGCUGCGAGCGAAGGCGGGGAGGGGACUCGGGAAGUGACAGUGCUGGCGGAAUCAUUCGGGGCGUGUCUGGCUCUGCGCAUUGCAGCAGCCAACCCCACCCUCUUCCACCGCCUCGUGCUGAUCAACCCAGCUACAGCCUUCCCCAGCAACAACCCUCUCGUGAGCCUCUGUGUGGCCACCGGCCUCCUCGCCAUCUUCCCACCGCCCCUCUACGAGUUCGCUCAGGACGUGGCCCUGCCGCUGCUGGUGAAGCGCAGCAGAGUGCAACCGCCUGCAGCAGCAGCCAGCUCAGCAGCAGCAGGCGGGGGAGGGGGGAGCAAAGGAGGAGGGGGAGGAGCGUUGUCACUGCGGGUGCUGUCGCCGAUAGACUAUGUGCCAGCUGCAUGUGCGUCGUGGCGGCUGUCCCUCCUCAACGACCAGUCUGGGCUGUCCGAUGGGGUGCUCAAGUCAAUUCACACGCCCACUCUGCUGAUCGCCUCAUCCAAGGACAGAGUUUUGCCAGCGGUGCCAGAGACAGGCAGACUGCUAGCGCUGCUGCCCAACAGCAAGCGAGUCAUCCUUCCCUCCAGUGGCCACACGGUUCUACUAGAAGCUGACGUGGACAUUGCUGCCAUCAUUCAGACGCACGGCUUUGCUCCGACCAAUCCCGUGCCGCCACUCGGGCGCGUGGCGCCUUCAAACGUGUUUGAUUCACAGGGCUAUGUGGCAGCAGACGGAACAUCGGCAGCAUCGGCAGCAAACGUGUUUGAUUCACAGGGCUAUGUGGCAGCAUCGGCAGCAGGAGCAGCAUCAGCCAGAGAAGAAACACGUUUGCAAACUGGGAAAGGGGAGGUUCUGACAGCAGCAGCAGCAGCAGCAGCAGCAGCAGCAGCAAGAGCAGCAGCAGCAAGAGCAGCAGCAGCAAGAGCAGGUGCCGCGCCUUCCCCAGCGAGUGGAGGGGGAACGGAAUCUGAAGGGGAGGCACCAGGGCGAGGGCUGGAUGAGGCGGCUCAUUGGAGAGAGAGAGGCGGGGAGAGGAGGAGGAGAAGGAGGAGAAAGGGUCGUAAAGAGUUUAAGGGGAGAGAGUUGGAGAAGUUGUAUGAAGACAUUGGGCGAAGCCUGGAUCUGUGGAGGACGCUGGUGUCUCCGCUGGUAGUGGGGGAGGGCAACCUGCAGCGAGUGCAGCGAGAGCUCGCCCGUCAACCUGAUCGCAGUGUGCUGUUUGUGGGUAAUCAUACCAUCUAUGGCUUUUACGACACCCCACUGCUGCUCUACGAGCUGUACAUGCGAGGGUUCAAAUGUCGCUGCCUUGCGCAUCCCAGCUUCUGGCUGCAGCAGUCUCUAGGAGAGCUCUUGGAAAGCUUCGGCCAUGUCAAGCCUUCACCUCGUGCUCUUUAUAACCUUCUCAAAGAGGGAGGGCCCGUGCUGGUGUUCCCAGGAGGCUCCAGAGAAACAUGCCGGCUAAAGGGUGAGAAGUAUCAGCUGAUGUGGGGGGCGGAUGCGGGCAAGAGCAGCAGAAGCAGAAGAAGCAGUGAUCGUAGAGAGGGGGCGUCGCAGCAGACUGUGCAUGGGGACAGUGGACUCAUUCGCAUGGCAGCCAAGCUUGACACCAUCAUUGUGCCCUUCGCCAUGGUCGGGGCUGACGAUGCCUAUGACAUUGCCGCGGAUCGCAGUGACAUCCUCUCUUCCCCCAUCGGCCCGCCCGUUCGCGGCUUAUACGAGUCCCUUAACCUCAACCCGGCCACUGACGUCAGCCCCAUGACUGUUCUCCCCGGCACCAGCCUCCCCAGCCUAAUUCCCCUGCCGAGUCGUCUGGAGAGAGUGUACUUUUACUUCGGCACCCCCAUUGAUUUCAAGGGAGCUGCCACCGUCGGCGAUCAAGGUAUGGGGGGAGAGUGUAUCAUCACUUCGGCACCCCCAUGCUCGUGAUGCUCAUGAUGCUCGUGGCAUGCACAUGGCGUCAUGGAUUGACGGGCAUGGCACUCGUGAACAUUCACGAAGGCAUGGGAGCAUGAAUGUUCGUGGGAGCUCACAUGGGCACAUGGGUGCAUGAACGUGCUGCCACCUUCAACUCGCCUCCAGCCCGCAUGCCUCAUUCCUUCACCCGAGCACCGUCAUUCCUCUCACUCUCCAUUCGCCCAUGUGUCCUCAGCCUGCUCUGCUGCACCAUCACGAACCGUGCCCAUCCUGCCACACGCUCUGAAAUGAUUCCUGCCCCCUCGAAGGCGUCGUUUUCGCUGUUCUCUUUUUGGGCACCUGAAAAUUAUUGUGUUUCUCAGGCGCCUAAAUCUAAGAAGAACUCUAGGGCAUGUUCUGCAUUGAUUGUUGCCCUCUCAAAGGCUUCGCUUCCACCAUUCUCUUGCUCUGCGCAUGUUUCCAUCCCCCUUGCUUGCCUUCCCUUUUCUUCCCUUUCUGUUUCCGAUUCUUCUUGACUCUUGCCUGAACCAUGGCAUUCAUGCUGCAUCAACCCAUGCACCAUCAACCCAUGCACCAUCAACCCAUGCACCAUCAACCCAUGCACCAUCAACCCAUGCAACAUCAACCCAUGCAACAUCAACACAUGCAACAUCAACCAUGCACCAUCAACCCAUGCAACAUCAACCCAUGCAACAUCAACCCAUGCAACAUCAACCCAUGCAACAUCAACCCAUGCAACAUCAACCCAUGCAACAUCAACCCAUGCAACGUCAACCCAUGCAACAUCAACCCAUGCAACAUCAACCCAUGCAACAUCAACCCAUGCAACAUCAACCCAUGCAACAUCAACCCGUGCAACAUCAACCCAUGCAAACAUCAACCCAUGCACCAUCAACCCCAUGCACAUCAACCCCAUGCACCCAUCAAAUCACCAUGGCAACCAUCAACCCCAUGCACCAUCAACCCAUGCAACAUCAACCCAUGCAACAUCAACCCAUGCAACAAUCAACCCAUGCAACAUCAACCCAUGCAACAUCAACCCAUGCACCAUCAACCCAUGCAACAUCAACCCAUGCACCAUCAACCCAUGCACCAUCAACCCAUGCACCAUCAACUCAUGCACCAUCAACCCAUGCACAAUCAACCCAUGCAACAUCAACCCAUGCACCAUCAACCCAUGCACCAUCAAACCGAUGCACCAUCAACCCAUGCAACAUCAACCCAUGCACCAUCAACCCAUGCAACAUCAACCCAUGCACCAUCAACCCAUGCACCAUCAACCCAUGCAACAUCAACCCAUGCAACAUCAACCCAUGCAACAUCAACCCAUGCAACAUCAACCCAUGCAACGUCAACCCAUGCAACAUCAACCCAUGCAACAUCAACCAUGCAACAUCAACCCAUGCAACAUCAACCCAUGCAACAUCAACCCACAUCAACCAAACAUCAACCCAUGCACCAUCAACCCAUGCAACAUCAACCCAUGCAACAUCAACCCAUGCAACAUCAACCCAUGCAACAUCAACCCAUGCAACAUCAACCCAUGCACCAUCAACCCAUGCAAC